CGCACCCGGAGCGCCGCGGCGCAGGGAAACUCCUCCCGGUCUGCGUGAACAUCGUGUGCCCAACACCAGCCCGAUGACAGACACGCCGCGCGCACGCGGGACUCUAUAUAAGCUCCGCAGCUGUCAGGUGGAGGACACUGGCUGCUCUGCACCGGGCUUUAGAAGAUUACUGCGCUGCACUCACUCACUAUGUCUCACUCUUGGGGAUACGCACCGACUAACGGACCAGACAAAUGGGGGAAAAACUUCCCCAUCGCUGACGGAGUCCGCCAGUCUCCCAUUGACAUCGUGCCGGCUGCAGCAUCCUACGACGGGGGCUUGAAGCCGCUGUGCCUGAAGUACGACCCGUCCACCUGCCUGGAGAUCCUCAACAACGGACAUUCCAUCCAAGUGACCUUCAUAGAUGACAGCGACAAAUCCACUCUCACAAACGGGCCAAUCUCAGGCGUCUACAGACUUAAGCAGUUUCAUUUCCACUGGGGGGGUGCUGACGACAGGGGCUCUGAACACACGGUGAACGGAACCAAAUACGCUGCUGAGCUUCAUCUGGUGCACUGGAACACCAAAUAUGCAAACUUUGGUGAAGCUGCCAGUAAGCCCGACGGGCUCGCCGUCGUGGGAGUUUUCCUGAAGGUUGGUGAUGCAAAUCCCAAUCUGCAGAAGCUUCUGGAUGCAUUUAACGGCAUCAAAACCAAAGGCAGUCAGACGUCGUUUGCCGGCUUCGAUCCUGCAACGCUGCUCCCCGGCUGUCUGGACUACUGGACAUACGAUGGCUCUCUGACCACGCCCCCUCUGCUGGAGAGCGUCACCUGGAUCGUUUGCAAAGAGCCAAUCAGCGUCAGUCCUGGCCAGAUGGCCAAAUUCCGCAGCCUGCUCUUCUCCGCUCAGGGGGAGGCCGAAUGCUGCAUGGUGGAUAACUACCGUCCUCCCCAGCCGCUCAAGGGUCGCCGUGUCCGAGCUUCCUUCAAGUAGAACCCCCCCCCCGCCAGUGCCCUUUCUGCCCCGUUGCCCUUUCCCCUCCCUUCCCCCUCUCAAAUACCUCUUGCUAAGAAUCUCAGAGCACACAUAGGAAGCAUAAAAAUGACUCUUACCCAGCAUUCACUUGGAUGACGACGGCGGGACGAGUCAUGAUUCAUUUCCUAAAGCCUGCAUGGUUGCUGCAACUCAUUAACCAACAUUGUCUGUCUGGUGGUUUAGAGACGAGCUCACAGGAAGUAUCAGCUUGUUGCAGUGCAUGGGGGGGGAGGAUAAGACCAUAUCUCCAUCUGUGAGAGGAGUGAGGUGCCAAUGGUGGUCAUUAAAUACAUAGGACACCCCCUCACCCCCUCCCCCCGACUGCCAGUCUGUAAUCUCUGCAUCCCAGCAGCUUAAUGAAGCUGCUUCCAUCGCUGGCGAUCGACUCCCAAAAUCCCCCUCUGGCACACAUGCAGCACAUGCAGACCCCCCCCUCUCUCUGCGGCCACUGACCUGCUUAUUGAUCCAGACUGUACAGUUGAGGGGGGGGGGGGGCAGAUUGCAGAGACAUGGCAGUGACUCGCAUAUCUGUUUUUGUGUUUGGCCCUCAAAAUCUUACCUGUGCUGGUCAUACAAACGUUUGUCCCAAAUGUUUUUUUCAGCGGGUAGAUUACGCCGUUUAAGGGAUUUCUGCUGGAUGUACUGUUACCCCCCCCCCCCCCGACCCCCCCCACCAAAAACACUCCUCCAGCACCAGAGGCGAUGACCUUUUCCCACAAAAACGAGCAGAAGUAUGUGAAAAAGUACGAUUGCUAAAGCUUCAGUCGUCGUCUGGCCGUCCAGCUAACGCACAAAGCCAUCAGAGAAAUUACCUGACCACAGAUGCCAAGGAAACAAAAAACUGCCAAUAGACAAGAUUAUAGAGCGGACAUGGUGGCGGGACCCUAAAGGAGAACGAAUCACCAACAUUUCACCGAAGCCUCGCAAAACGUCAUGGUAGAGGGAAAGAUUGUCAUUCAUGUUGGACAGGAAACAAAGCCUUUAGUCGUUUAACUUCAGGGCUGCUCCAUGUUUGUGUCAAGUUUUUGUUUUGUUUUGUUUGGAAGUGGGCAUUUACUAGUUAAAUAAAUAUAUUUUAUG